GGGCUGUCCCUGGGCCGGGCGGGCUCUGCGCUGAGCGGGCGCUGACCGGGCCGGGCCCCGGCGCGAUGCUGUUCUCGCUGCGGGAGCUGGUCCAGUGGCUGGGCUUUGCCACCUUCGAAAUCUUCCUGCACGUGCUGGCGCUGCUGGUCUUCUCCGUCCUGCUGGUGCUGAAGGUGGACAGCGGCGGCGCGGAGCUGUCCUGGUGGCAAGUUUUCAUCCCCUUCUUCGCGGCCGACGGCCUGAGCACGUACUUCACCACCAUCGUCUCCGUGCGGCUCUUCCAGGACGGGGAGAAGCGCCUGGCCGUCCUUCGCCUCUUCUGGAUCCUCACCAUCCUGAGCCUGAAGUUCGUCUUCGAAAUGCUUUUGUGUCAGAAACUAGUGGAGCAGACCAGGGAGCUCUGGUAUGGCCUCAUUAUGUCCCCCGUCUUCAUCCUGCUCCAGCUCCUCAUGAUCCGAGCCUGCAGAGUGAACUGAAGAACCGGGGCACUGAGGGUUUGUACCCACAUCGCAGUGAGAGGAGCACUGUCCCGCCACUGCAGUAUUAACCCCCACCCGAAGCGUUAAUCGAGCCUCGCUGCUUAGUUUUUGGCAACUUUCUAGUCAUUCUCUUCGACCGUAUAAGUCUGAGGUGUGAGAAGAAGCUUUUGUACUUUGUUAAAUUAUUACAUAAUAUUGGCCCUGUGUUUUCCCCAAAUAUAUAUUUAUGUUGGGUCAUUCGUCUAAGGUGCAUUUCACACCUGGGCGUUAAUGUUAAAAAUGUCAUGAAAGGCAAACCUAACCUGCUCAUGUCACUUGUUUUGUAAUAAAAAUGUAUAGAUGAUAUUUAGUAGUCUCAUUUAUAAGCUCUCUUCUGUAGAAAGCCAGUACUCGUAACCUUUGCCUGGGAAUGUGUGUUACUCUAGGGCUGACUGUGCCUUGACCAAGAAAUUAGGACCUUGACAAAAAAUAAUUGACUAUCCCUUCCCAUUGGGUUAGUUAAAUCUGCCACAGACUUCUUUGCAAAAGUCAAAAUGACAGCCGAAAAGCAAAUGCAGCUGUUGGUGUACCAAUCCCACACAAUCAGCUUGUGAAAAACUGUGCUCCAACAUGUAUGCAGGGUUCAUGACAUAUGGGGUUAAAAAACAGUCUUUAUAGAACAAGAACUGAAGCAGUUUGACAGGGGUGUUUUCUGUGUAGAUCAGUGUGUUGAAUGUAGGUACCACAAGAAACUCCCAGUUCAGAAGACACUCUGAAUUGUCAAAUAGCCUGAUGUUCUGAAGUGUGGGUUCAUCCCUUACUCUGCUUUGAGAGUCUCAUGAUUGCAGCCAAUGGGAAUAUUUCCCCCAUUUCAUAGCUACUUCAAUGCCUAGGGUCAGUGGCUAUAGAGUAACUGGCUGUUUUCCUGUUUGCCAUGUAUUUGAGAUAGCCCUUUACCAUUAUUUUUAGUGUCAUUCGUUUUGUGUACUCCAUUUCUGUUUGGAGGAUGGAUCAUGUUCUGCUCAGCUGUUAUGGUGCCUCUCAACUGAUGUUUGAUACUGCACUUUGUGGCUUAGUAACUGUUCCUAUGUGCAACUGCCGUGUCUUGGAGACUGUAGUCACUCUUCAUAUUUGGGAAUAUAAACCUUGUUUGCAUGUUCCCAAAAUUUUAAAAUGUGGUCUAUGUUAAUUUCCUUUGUAUUUGGAGGGGUUCUGCUUCCCCGCCUCUCCCCCACUGUGCUCCUUCAAACGGGGUGAGUGAAGGAUACAGGGUCUUAAGUUUUGUUGCAACUCCAAUUGUUAUUUUCUUCUUUUUAAAGUAUUUCUUCUGUUCCUCCCCCUCCAGCCAUUUAUUUAUUUAUAAACUGGUUCCAGGUGCUUCUAAUACAGGAAGCUUCGCAGCUGUGUAUAUUCCUGUAGUGUUUUUCAAGGCAGUAACAUGCAGGUCAUCAGCAUCUCAUGAUCUUUAUUUCAUGCCUGUGAACUGCCGAGGAAGUGCUACUGUACUAGAAUGUUGCCUUAGUACCCAAGGAAAACAAGCUGAGAUUUUCCUACUAGACAGGAAGAGAAAGUUUCAUGGGCCUGAACUAAAUGGAAAGCCCUGCAUUGGACCAGGUAAACCUAUCUAGGAAUGGUACAUGAGAGAGAUGGAAAAUGACCCAUUACAUUACACCCAGGCAGUCCUGUCCCCUCCGGGGGGUGGCUGUGUGGAAUUGGACACUGCCAGGCAGUCCGGCCCCCUGCCUUGGCAGGGGCUGUGUGGAAUUAA